GUCAUUCAUGAUAUAUUAUGCAACAUUCUUCAAUUUAUUGUCAACAAUACGGUUUUGUGUUCAGCCUCAGCUCUUUUCUUAAAGUUUCAGAUGAAGUCUUUCCAGGGCACGGAAGACACAUGUGAAGCCUUAAGAAUCGAAUUUUUCAAGUAAUUUUGCCGUGACCUCCGAUCCGGGAUGCUAAAUUUAUGCAACACUAAACGAACUGUCAAGAAAGCCCUGAAUGCUAACUGGUUAGUGGUUCGUCAAAGUCACAUGGGCUUUGUUUCAAAGAAUUAUUUAAUAGCUUCCCCGUUCACAUUUAGCCGAAUUUCCUUAACCCUGAAAGCGCAAAAAGCUGGAGAAACUCUGGAAUCCCUCCGUUCCGGUUCACAUGGGAGCAAAUGAGAGUUUUUCGACAAGAUUUUAGAACCAGAAUGGUGGGAAGCCCUACGUCACUUUGUCAACAAUGAAACUUUGUAAUCACUAACACGCAACGGGUCGUACUUGCAAGAAGAUUUCCCCAGCAAUUGAACCAGUCUCGAGAAACAUUUAUUGCAUAUCUUAUCUUUCGUUUCAUUUAAUUUGUCGCAGAGCUGCCGUAUUUUUUCACAACAAAUAAAUCACUUAUUUUUUUACGGCGUUGCGCGUUAGAAUUGUUUACAUAUUUGAUGCGCGUUGGUCACGCGGGAGUAAUUGUCCGCGGAAGAAUGGUGAUGUAUGACUUUCGCUUGUUCUUCACGGACGAGAUAAUCAUUGUUUGAACUGAGAAUUUUCAGUUAAAUACUUUAAAAAAUCGCCUGGCUUCUAUCACGGGAAAUCGAAUAAGAGUUCUUCGUGUUCUUUUGGAAAUCGCGUUGGUUUUUUUGUCUCUUUGUGACAAUGGCGGUCGAGUACACUGAAGUUGAUGUUAAGUUGGCAAAUCUGACAGAUGAUGAAAUAUCUGAUGAUGAAAUCAUGAGAACCAGUUCACGAAUAUCACCAGUCCCUACGCCAAUGGAGACUGACGAGCAACGUGACGUAGAAGAGGAGGAGGAAGAAGAAGAUGUACCAGAAGGACUUGAAGGUGCAGCUUUCCAGAGCAGAUUGCCAUUUGACAAGAUGACUUCACAAGAGGCAUCUUGUUUUCCGGAUGUUUCACAAGGACCCCCACCAGUUCAGAAGCAGUUUCUGUACAUCAGGAAUAGAAUGCUGCAACUGUGGGUCGAGAAUCCGCGGCAGCAGUUGACCUUGGAGCAUGCAUUGUCACAACUGGAACCUCCACAAAAUAACGACCCCAAACUUGCCUCUAGAGUACAUGCCUUCCUUUCAAGAUAUGGUUUGAUAAACUUUGGAGUUUACAAGAUCCUUAAAAUUCCACCAACUUUGAAAAAGUCCCCUAAAGUGAUAGUUGUUGGUUCUGGGAUCUCAGGCCUCACAGCAGCACGACAAUUACAGUCUUUUGGAAUUGAUGUCACUAUUGUUGAAGCAAGGGAACGUGUUGGAGGAAGAGUAGCAACAUUCCGUAAGGGCCAGUUCAUCGCAGAUCUUGGAGCCAUGGUGCUGACUGGAUUAGGUGGAAAUCCCUUGACAGUGAUGGCUAAUCAAAUCAGCAUGGAGCUGCAUAAGAUAAGACAAAAGUGUCCAUUGUAUGAAACUCAUGGAAAGUCGGGGCCACUUGAAAAGAAGGCCAACAGCAGGCUUGCAGCAGUCAGGGUGCCAAAAGAGAAGGAUGAAAUGGUCGAGAGGGAGUUCAACAGACUGCUUGAAGCCACAUCAUUUCUGUCACAUCAGCUGGAUUUCAACUACAUGCAUAGCAAACCUGUGUCCUUGGGGCAUGCCUUGGAACUUGUGAUCAAGAUGCAAGAGAGACAAGUUAAGGAACAGCAGAUUGAAUAUGCCAAAAAGAUUCUGAAGAUUCAGGAGCAGCUUAAAACAAGUUUAGCGCAGAUGGUGCAGAUAAAAGAAAAGGUAAAACAGACCCAUAAAGAAUAUCAAGAUGCACUCAAGGUCAAAGAACCAAGGGACAUCACAUCAGAGUUCUUGGUGAAAAGCAAGUUAAGGGACCUAAAUGCUCUUUGCAGGGAAUAUGAUGAAAUGGCAGAAGAGCAGCUACGCAUAGAGGAGAGAUUGGAAGAACUAGAGGACAACCCACCGAGUGAUGUUUAUUUGUCAUCAAGAGAUCGACAGAUUCUAGACUGGCAUUUUGCUAAUCUGGAGUUUGCAAAUGCCACGCCUUUGACAUCGUUAUCACUGAAGCAUUGGGAUCAAGAUGAUGACUUUGAGUUCAGUGGUAGUCACAUGACUGUGCGUAAUGGCUACUCCUGCCUUCCAGCUGCUCUGGCUGAAGGACUUGAUAUCAGACUCAACACAGCAGUCAGACAUGUCCGCUACAACAGAACUGGUGUGGAAAUAGUCACUCAGAGCACUAGCAAGUCGUCCAUAACCACCACACAGACGUUCAAAGGAGAUGCUGUGUUAAUAACGCUGCCUCUUGGAGUGCUCAAAAGUCAUCCAUCAGGUGUUCAGUUUCACCCUCCCCUCCCUGAGUGGAAGACUGCUGCUAUCCACAGAAUGGGAUUUGGAAACCUAAAUAAGGUCGUUCUGUGUUUUGAUCGAGUGUUUUGGGAUCCAAACACUAAUCUCUUUGGUCACGUUGGAAGCACAACAGCCAAUCGUGGAGAGCUUUUCUUGUUCUGGAAUCUCUACAAGUCUCCAGUCCUCAUUGCCCUUGUGGCUGGUGAAGCUGCCAACAAGUUGGAGAAUGUGUCUGAUGAGAUCAUUGUUGGAAGUGCCAUUGCAGUGUUGAAGGGGAUAUUUGGGAGCAGUGCUGUUCCUCAGCCUAAAGAGACAGUAGUGACUCGAUGGAAGUCAGACGAGUGGUCACGAGGCUCUUACUCAUUCGUAGCAGCAGGUUCAUCAGGAAAUGACUAUGAUCUAAUGGCAUCCCCAGUAGCCCCUCCAGCACUGACAGGGAUGCCGCCAGGCAACCCUGCCCCGCCCAACCCUCCAAGAGUGUUCUUUGCUGGGGAGCAUACGAUCAGGAACUAUCCAGCCACAGUACAUGGAGCCCUGUUGAGUGGUCUGAGAGAGGCUGGUAGAAUUGCCGACCAGUUUUUGGGACUACCUUAUGAAGUGAAUAGAAUUGGUCAGCCCCCUAUGACACAGGUGUAACAACACUCAAAGGCAUUUGAUGUUAAGAAAGAUGGGAGGCAUUCACUUGCUGCUUUUAACAGAAGGCUCAACCUAGCCAGUGACAGACUCAUCUUUAGGAGCAUCUUUGAUGGCCAAUGCUUUUGACAGCAUAUUUGGCCUAACUGUUGAUGACAAUUAGUCUCUUUAAGUUGUAUAUACCACCGUCGUGUUUGGUCAUGAAAACCUAUCUCUUCGACACAAAUAUGUCAUAUGUAGUUUACUCUGAAAUAGCUGUCAUCCAAUCACCGUGCAGUGAGAAACACGUCAUACGCAGACAUCUUAUUUAUGUUCACAUAGCAGUUGCCUUCCCAGGCUCUACUCGUCUUUCCCUUGGAGCGAGGAUGAGACUGGGAAGAGGAUAGAUUUUUCAAAUGAGGUUUCCCCCAAAAGCUGACAGAGAUCCUGUUGAGGUUCUAGAAAUGUAAUCCAUUAUCAAUUCACUUUACAUGGCUGGAUUACACAAGAAAAGAGCAGGCAAAAGAUUGCAAAUAAUUCAGAUGAGCUGAGGAUGUGAGCACGACUUGACUUUGGGUUAUGUGUUCUAGGCAAAUUCUCGGAAAAACUGAAAAUUCAGAUAUCCUGGUCUUUGAUCAUCAGUUGUAAAUGUUCAGUUGUACAGCUCUCUUUUUCAGAGAUUAACAGAUAACUGAGCCAAAGUAAGCGGCAGCAGUAAUCAAACGUAUACACCAUGCUCUUUCACAAUCUUUGGACAUUUCCAUGGAUUUUGUUCGUUACACCACUUUCUGUAUGCCAAAUGUUUUUGAUUUCGUCUUAAUGAGAACUUGUAAAAGGGUUGGCACAUUGUUACCUGCGUAACACCAUUGACCAUAUUGGAACAUGAAGGGGCAUUCACUAUUUGCGAACCAAACUUUUUAACUUGAUUGACUGUCCGUUUGAUUAGCGCAAUGUUGACGUAAUUAAUAGAGUGUUAGCAAAUCGAGAUAAGUACUCGAGACUUCUUGGAUGGUAUCUUUAGUCUCGGGUGUCCAUAGAUGCAUGCCUGACUUAUCCUCUCAGCUAUACAUACCUUCCACCACCAUCAUUUAGACAUAGUAGUAAUCAAUGUAAUAUAUGUGGUAAGAAUAAUUUAGUAGUUUCAACUUCCUUGAAUAAUUUCAGUUUCUCCCAUGUUCAACUUCACUAAUUAACUUUUUUGUAAUAUUGGUCACCAUACUCUUGUCAAAGCCUUUUUUGGAAGGCAAAGCAACUAUAUAACACUGUAUAGAUCUCAAUUCAAUGUGUUACUUUCAUUAUUAAGAAGUGUAGAUUAUUAUUUAUUACAAAUAAUGAAAAAUCCAUACUGAAACAGUUGCUUCCAUUCAGUUUAA